UGUGUGAAGAGGAAGCAAAACGGUGGACAACACCAUUUUUCAUUCGUGUUUAAUUAUUCAAAGUGUGAACAUCGUUCGAAUAAAGAUUAUUUGUUUGUCGUGAUUAGUUUAAACUUGUCCUUUCAAUUCCGCUGGAAAUAACAGUCCAAUAAUACGUAUCAGCUAAUAUUACAUCAAUACAAAGGCUUGGAGAGCUAAUCGAUAAAGUGAAAAAAGGUCAACAGUCUUAUUUCCAUAAGUGAUAUGUAAUUAGAAUUAGUGUUAUUGGGUUUUAGUUCCAACAGUGCUAAUUUUUGAGUUUCUCAAUAAUAAUUCUCAACUUGCACUUAUGUAAGUUGCAAAUGAGAGCUAUGGGUGGAUCAACCCACAUAGCAUAGUGCAGGUGUAGAAUGUUGCACCUAAUUGCAGAAUCGUUAACUAACGUUUACACUCGAACAUGGAAUUGAAAUUCAGUUGCCCGUUUAUUUGCACAAUUCACGUGGCACAAAAAUGAUAUUUCCGUCGCAGCUAGGUGCGCUAGUGUUACUGCUCAUCGCGGUUCCCCAGAUUCGAAGCGAAUUACUUCGACGGACAGACCGAUCUGCUCUGAGAUUCCCUGUCGGUACCUCCAACGGUUUCCUGAUAGCAAUAGCCAUACCGCUAGAAGUGCCGGGGAGGAACAUUUAUCUGUCGCACAAUUUUGAAAUGAACUAUGGACUACCGGGGAACGCGUCCGACUUCCGGUUGUGGUACACGUUGUUCAAGAAUGCAAAUUACAAUAUCUCCGAAGCUAUUGGACGGAAGCGAAGGAUGGUCGAUGGCCGGAAGUUAGGCAGGAAGUUUUUGUAUGAACUGCUGGCGGAGAGGAUGGAUAUGUACGGUUACAAUGGAUCAUCUUGUAUACAAAAGAUGAUUUGCGAGGCGCAGGAGACGUCACUUCAAACCCAUAAUGGAGUCAUAGGGGAUUUGAUGCACAUUCUUUUUAGUCCUUCUUCUUCUGAAAACGAGGGUAUUUCUGAUUUCUAUUACGAGGCAGAAACACAUGGAUUUAUGGAGUCAUGCGCGCAGUAUGAUGUAUUGUGUCCGAUAGCAAUAUUCGAUUCAAUUACAACUAUUAUAAUAGAUUAAUUAUUCAGAUAUAUACAUUCAUGUAAACAAGGAUUCAAAAUUAAUUCGUCAAUUUGAAAUGUUA